GAAACAACAGGAGGAGCCAUGGAGAGGAUCACUCACACACUCACACACACUCACACUCACACACACACACACACACACACACACGCUCAUCUUUUUAGCUCCCGUGCAGCUCAGUGGUGUUGAGUCUCAGCAGCUCCACCUCGGCGUGUUCAGCUUCUCUGUGCCUUCAGCGUUCUCCAUUCUGGACUUUUGAGAACUUUCAGAUCAGAGACAGAAAUAAACCUCAUGGCUGGCUAGGACGGAGUGUGUGCCUUAAACAAGUGCUUUAUAUUUAGCUGCUGGACUUUACACAGAGAGGAGGGAAGAGGGGAAGUGACAGAAGGGAGAGAGAGACAGAAAGAGACACAGAGAGACAGAGAGACAGAUUUUCAGCUGGAGUGUUAAGCUCUCGUGCACACGGAGACACUGGAACAGAGACACACCCCAGGGCUCAGGGAUGAGAGCUGAUCUGAUGAAGUCUCUGUGCGGCGGGGACACGAGCACACGCACCGGACCUCCACACGCACACCGUGCUCAUUAGCGGCCAGAGAACCAGUGAAAGAACCGUAUACACACACACACACACACACACACACACAUAUAUAUUAAUACACAUACACACACACACACACACACACACACUCACAGAGGAGAGAGAAACCUCUUGCAUUGUGAUGGAGGCCUCCAGCCAGGCGGCGGCUGAGGCGGGUGGAGAUCACGCAGCCUGUGUGGCGUUGACGGCGGCGGAGAGAGCGGACGUCUCGAGCCCGAGUCUGGUGUCCAAGCAGCGCAGUCUGCGCGUGGUCUACGUCCUGAAUGACGGGCUGAAGGCGGUGGCGGCGAACAGCCCUGAGUCCGGAGCGCUGCAGUGCCUACAGAGAGCGUGCGACGCAGAGAGCGCCAUCCUCACCACCGUCACGUUCGGUCGGCUGGACUUCGGCGAGACGACGGUGCUCGACACCUUCUACGACGCAGACAUUGCGGUGGUGGACAUGAGUGAUGUGUUCCGCCAGCCGUCUCUCUUUUAUCAUCUGGGAGUUCGUGAGAGCUUCGACAUGGCCAACAACGUCAUCCUGUACCACGACACCGACCCCGACACCGCACAGUCUCUGAAGGAUAUGGUGGCCCAGAAAAACACAGCGUCCAGCGGGAAUUACUACUUCAUCCCGUACGUGAUGACGCCCAGCAACGAGUACAUCUGCUGUGAGAACGUGGCCCAGCGCCGGGCGUCGGAGUACAUGCAGCCCAGCUGGGACAACCUGCUCGGCCCCCUGUGUGUCCCGCUGGUGGACCGGUUCGCCGGCCUGCUCAAAGACAUCCACGUCACGUCCUGCGCUUCGUUUAAAGACACGCUGCUGAACGACAUCAGAAAAGCUCGGGACAAGUAUCAGGGUGAGGAGCUGGCCAAGGAGCUGUCUCGCAUCAAACUGCGCAUCGACAACACAGAGGUCCUGACGCAGGACAUUGUCAUGAACCUGCUGUUCUCCUACAGAGACAUACAGGAUUAUGAUGCCAUGGUAAAACUGGUGCAGACGCUGGAGAUGUUGCCCACAUGUGACCUCGCCAAUCAGCCCAUGAUUCAGUUCCACUACGCCUUCGCUCUCAACAGGAGGAACAGUCCAGGUGACAGGGAGCAGGCUCUCCGUGUGAUGUUGCAGGUCCUGCAGUCAUGUGACCACCCUGCUCCGGACAUGUUCUGUCUGUGCGGUCGGAUCUAUAAGGACUUCUUCCUCGACUCGGAGUGUAAGGACACGAAGAGCCGCGACAACGCCAUCCAGUGGUACAGGAAGGGGUUCGAGCUCCAGCCCACGUUGUACUCGGGCAUUAACCUGGCCGUGCUGCUCAUCGUCGCCGGACAGCAGUUUGAGAGCUCCAUCGAGCUGCGGAAGAUCGGAGUCAGGUUGAACAGUCUCCUCGGCCGGAAAGGCAGUUUGGAGAAGAUGAAUAAUUACUGGGACGUCGGUCAGUUCUUCACCGUUAGCAUGCUGGCUAAUGACAUCCCUAAAGCCGUACAAGCGGCUGAGAAGCUCUUUAAACUCAAACCUCCAAUCUGGUAUUUGCGCUCAGUGGUUCAGAACCUCAAACUCAUCCAGCACUUUAAGAAGCAGAGCACCGAGCACUCGGCCCAGAGGGAGAGACUCAACUUCUGGAUGGACAUCAUCGUGGAGGCCACGCAGGGCACCACCAACAGCCUGCGCUUCCCAGUGUUGAUCCUGGAGCCCACUAAAGUAUAUCAGCCCUCGUAUGUGUCCAUCAACAGCGAGGCGGAGGAGAAGAACGUCUCCAUAUGGCACGUUUCUCCUGCAGAGACGAAAGGAAUCCAUGAGUGGAACUUUACAGCCUCGUCUAUCAAAGGAAUCAGCAUUUCCAAAUUUGACGAGCGCUGCUGCUUCCUGUAUGUCCACGACAACUCAGACGAUUUUCAGAUCUACUUCUCCACCGAGGAGCAGUGUGGCAGGUUCUGCUCCAUGGUGAAGGAGCUGAUCUCAGACGGAUCAGGAAAUGCGGUGGAGCUGGAGGGCGAGGGAGACGGGGACACGCUGGAGUACGAGUACGACUACAAUGAGAACGGGGACCGGGUGGUGCUCGGGCGGGGCACGUACGGGGUGGUGUACGCUGGCAGAGACCUGAGCAACCAGGUGCGCAUCGCCAUCAAGGAGAUCCCCGAGCGGGACAGCAGGUACUCGCAGCCGCUGCAUGAGGAGAUCGCUCUGCACAAAUACCUCAAACACAGGAACAUCGUGCAGUACCUGGGCUCCGUGUCCGAGGACGGCUACAUCAAGAUCUUUAUGGAACAGGUUCCCGGGGGCAGUUUGUCAGCGCUGCUCAGGUCAAAGUGGGGUCCUCUAAAAGAAGCCACCAUCAUUUUCUACACGCGCCAGAUCCUUGAAGGUCUGAGAUACCUGCACGAAAACCAGAUCGUCCAUCGGGAUAUUAAGGGAGAUAAUGUCCUGGUGAACACCUACAGCGGCGUUUUAAAGAUCUCUGACUUCGGCACCUCGAAGCGUCUGGCUGGGGUGAACCCCUGCACUGAGACCUUUACUGGGACUCUACAGUACAUGGCUCCUGAGAUUAUCGAUAAAGGUCCUCGGGGUUACGGAGCGCCUGCUGAUAUCUGGUCUCUCGGCUGCACCAUUAUCGAGAUGGCCACCGGGAAGCCCCCGUUCCACGAGCUGGGUGAGCCGCAGGCGGCCAUGUUUAAGGUCGGAAUGUUUAAAAUCCAUCCCGAGAUUCCCGAGUCUCUUUCUCCCGAGGCCAAGUCCUUCAUCCUGCGCUGCUUCGAGCCCGAUCCCAGCAAGAGAGCGACGGCUGGCGAUCUGCUCAAGGACCAGUUCUUACGUCACAACAUCAAGGGCAAGAAGAACAAGAUCGCCUUCAAACCCUCAGAUUAUAUCCGCAGUGUGUCGAUGCCCGUCCAGUUGCAGGCCGAAGCCUGCACCGGGAGCAGCAGCAGUGAGCCGGGCUCUGUGUCUCCGGACUGCGACUCCAAACACGACGUCUUCUUCAAAAAGAACCAACGCUCAGGCUCGGAGAACCUCAUCAAACCCGUCACCUCCAGCUUCCUCAGCGUUCCUGAUGAAAGCCCCACGUCAGAGGACCGAAGCUCCCCGGCCUCGUCUGAGAACAGCGACUCGGGACUCUUCCUGCUGAAGAAAGACAGCGAGAGACGAGCGAUCCUCUACAAAGUUCUGAACGAGGACCAGGACAAGGUCACGUCCAACCUGCUGGAGAACCACAUGCAGGGCAGCACGGAGGAGCUGAAGCUGUCUGUAGAUCACAUCAAGCAGAUCAUCUGUAUCCUGCGUGACUUCAUCCGUUCUCCAGAGCGCCGCGUCAUGGCCUCCACCAUCUCCAAGCUCAAACUGGACCUGGACUUUGACAGCACCUCCAUCAACCAGAUCCAGCUGGUUCUGUUUGGCUUCCAGGACUCGGUGAACAAAGUUCUGAGGAACCACCACAUCAAACCCCACUGGAUGUUUGCGAUGGACAACAUCAUCAGACGAGCCGUCCAGGCCGCGGUCACGAUACUGAUCCCAGAGCUGCAGACUCACUUUGGGCCGGCGUCCGAGAGCGAAGGAGCCGAGAAAGACGCCGACGAUGUGGACGUGGAGGAGGACGGCGACUUCGGUGCCGCGGAGAACGCCGCUCCGGAGGACGCAGGCCUCACCUCGGGGGUCAGCACUCUGAGCUCGGUCAUUUCCCAUGAUUCCCAGCGACCUCAGCAUCCCCUCGGAGCGCAGCUGACCCGCCUCAAACAGGAGACCAGCAGGCUCCUGGAGGAACUGGUGCAGAAGGAGAAAGAGUACCAGCAGGUCCUGAGGCAGACUCUCCAGCAGAGGGCGCACGACCUGGAGCUGUUCAAAAUGAAAAGCCAGCCUGCAGCUAUGAAUAACGGUGUGCUCUCACUGGACACUCCUUCUCCGUCCAUCUUCCACAUGGCGGCAGAGCUGGAGGCAGAUAAGGAACUGAUGGAGUGGCUGAAGCAGCAGGGUGCGGACCCAGAGACCAUCGACAAGUUUGUAUCGGAGGAUUACACGCUCAGCGAUGUUCUCAACGACGUCACCAAAGAUGACCUUCAGUACAUGAGGCUGAGAGGUGGUGUGUUAUGCCGUAUCUGGAGAGCCAUCCAAAGGCACCGAACCCGAGAGCAGAAGAGAAUACAGAGCGAUGAUGAGACCUCUUAGGGAUGAGCAGAACCUCUGCUGUCCAUCUGAAGAACUUCUGAAUUGACCUCACACACACACAAACGCACAAUCCUUGCACAUCCAAAAAUCCCGACAUUGUUUUUCCGCGUCACUCCACUGCUUCCUUCGUUCCUUUUCCGCCUCGGAUUUGCAUGCGAGGCCUUUCCCUGCGCUCAGCCUGAACUUUCCCAUGACGCCCAUGAUGUUCCUCUGACCUUCUCUGGGGAAAAUCCACUGCACUCUCCUAGACGGGUCUGUGUUUGCAUUAUCGUUGGUGUUCUUGUCCUGUCUUGUUGUUGUUGUUGUUGCACUUUGUUACUUUGUAUAUCUUUUCUUUCGAUUAGUUUGAUGCAUUAAUGAAAAUCCUACGAUGUGAUUGGCUGUCACGUUCCGUGCAUUCCUCAUGCUCAUGCUCUGAAACCACGGGGAACAUGAAGAUGCUUUUUUUGUGUUUUGAUUCACAAGUCUGAACAAGUGGUCAAAAAAAAAAAAACAGAUUCCUGAGCAUCUUAUUUCUUCUUCCUGUUGGACUGAUGAUGGAUGAUCUUAAAUCUUCUGUACUUCGCUAAAUGUUUUAUUUAUUUCACACUAAAUAACGUAACACUGAGUGUUUGUGAAUAGUUCAGAAUAGUGAAACACAAGUGAAUAAAUCUAGCAGAAAAAUUUAUAUUUAAAAGGACAUUGUCAUAGAGGUUCAUGGCACUCAGGUCGUUUAAAGUUCUUCACCUGGAAUAUUUUCAGAUUUGUACAGUACAAAAGUUUGCACACCCUUAGGACAAAAUGCAUAAUAUGUAAAAAAAAAAAAAAGGUCAUUUGUUUUAAAAAAGAAUUGUUCCAUAUCAUUUCACAAUUUAAUAGAUUUACUUAAUUUGUAGAUAAAAUCAAACAUUUAUUCAUCAGCAUUAGGGGGCACAAACUUUUGCAUGCAAUUGUAGUUUUUCACUUGACUGAUCAGGCCUGGUCAGAUUGCAACCUUCAAGAUUCGGAAGCUUACAUUGUUGACACACCCAAAUUUAAUACUUAUUCAUUUCAUUUUGCUGAAUUUUAAAUGAAUUAUGGAUAUUAGAUUUUUUUUUUCCAUUUCAAAAACCUUUAGGGAGUAAAAACAUUUUCAUUUGAUUGAAUGUUUUAUUUUAAAAUAACUAGGACAUAAAAACAGCAGUUGGCUGCGAGUUGUUGAUGUGGUUAAGUCACACUGAAAAAACACAAACUGUUUCUAAAUAAAAUUAAGCGUUAUUUUUAUAUUUAGGCGCCUUUUCUGUAAUUAGAAACUUUUACAGGUCAGUAUUAAUAAAUCAGCUUCUGGUUGUGGUUCAAGAGCAAAAAUACAUAAAAUUAAUUCAAA